GCGCACUUCGUCAGCAGUGAGAUGGGCAGAGAUGCACACAAAUAGAAAGAAAAGUAAGGCAUGGGGGUCUCACGAAAUUCAUUACCUUUCAAAAAUUCAAGAGAGAGUGAUGUGACAUAGGACCAGAUUCAUCGAUUUUUUACUUUCACACUGCGUCAAGAUGGGCUCUUGUUGGGCUCUCCUCCAACACAAAAGAGUUGUUUAAGCAGACAAAAGGAGAGGUGUUUGGAGAUAAAAAGCUUUUGGAGAUUCAGAAGGCAAGCAAGUCUCUCUCUCUGUGUUGUAUUGGUCAGCUUCUCUCCCUGUUUUCUCAGCACAAGGUUUCUAUAAUGGAGGAAGGAGGAGGAGAAGAAGAAGAAGAAGUGACAACAACAACAACAACAACAAAAAGUGAUGAAAAGAAAACAAAGUUUCAGAGAAUAUGUGUGUUCUGUGGCAGCAGAGCAGGUUACAAGUCUUCAUUUGCUGAUGCUGCUUUUGAGCUUGGUAAACAAUUGGUGGAGAAGAAGAUUGGUUUAGUGUAUGGAGGAGGAAGUGUAGGUCUCAUGGGUUUGAUCUCUCAAACUGUGUUUAAUGGAGGUUGCCAUGUUUUGGGAGUGAUUCCAGAAGCUCUUAAGCCUCAUGAGAUAUCAGGAGAUACCAUUGGAGAAGUGAUUACUGUUACUGAUAUGCACCAAAGGAAAGCAGAAAUGUCAAAACAUGCUGAUGCCUUCAUUGCACUUCCUGGUGGUUAUGGAACCAUGGAGGAAUUGCUAGAGAUAAUAGCCUGGUCUCAACUAGGAAUCCAUGAUAAACCAGUGGGACUGCUAAAUGUAGAUGGAUACUAUAACAGCUUACUUGCUCUGUUUGAUAAAGGAGUAGAAGAAGGUUUCAUAGAGGCUUCUGCAAGGCAUAUUGUGGUCAUAGCAAACACACCACAACUACUCCUCACAAAAAUGGAGGAGUAUGCCCCAGUCCAUGACAAGGUUGCACCCAAACAAAGUUGGGAAGUGGACCAGUUACUAAACUCUGCUACUACAAGUGGGGAACCCCCUAACAAAUCUUAGAUCCUAAUCAAAACCCAUCUUUUGUGUGAAUACAAACAUGUAUUUAUCUAUAUCUAUAAACAUCUGUAUGUGAAGGUUAUAUCUUAAUCAAGAUGAAAAAGACAACCCAAAUCUCUCUCUC